GACAGCCGCGCGGCCUAUCUCUGCUUUAUGGCAGGGUUCCUGAGGAGCGGGAAGGGCGAGUGGGGGAAACCGGGUGGGCGCCGAGGCGAGCCCCGGUCCGGAGCGCCUUGACCGUCCGCCAUCCCGCAAGCCCUCCGCCCUUCCCGCCUCGGCGGAGGCCCGCAGCAGCCAUGGCUAGUACUAUGAUAGCAGUUGGUUUGACAAUAGCUGCUGCGGGAUAUGCAGGUCGUUAUAUGCUGAAAGCAAUAAAGCAGAUGGAACCACAAGUAAAGCAGGCGUUGCAGUCUUUGCCAAAAACUACCUUUAGUGGCUAUUACAGAGGAGGAUUUGAAUCCAAAAUGACCAGGCGGGAAGCUGCUUUAAUAUUAGGAGUAAGUCCUACAGCUAAUAAAGGAAAAAUCAGAGAAGCUCAUAGAAGAAUCAUGCUUUUGAAUCACCCUGAUAAAGGUGGGUCACCCUACAUUGCAGCCAAAAUAAAUGAAGCGAAAGACUUGCUGGAAGGUCAAGCAAAAUGAAAACACAACCGCUGAUCAGUAAUCUCCUGGUGGUGGGGACCCAAAGACAUUGACAAAAGAUGAAGCUAUGAUAUGGGCCAUGGAGGAACUUCAUGUUCCACUGUAGGUCGUCUGUCUCCUUUGCUUAUCAUCAGGAAUGAUACAGUGGGGAAAAGAAUAAUGAUGGUGGGGCCUGGGCAUUUACAGACUUCCAAAAAUAUUGGGCCUGUUCAAUUAGUCAGAUGCUAGUGUCUGAAGCUCAUGCUGCUAUAAUUUAGGAUCUCAGAAGUGGCAAGUAAUGCCAAUAUCUAUGACUAGGUUUUAAAAAUCUGUUUGAUAUCACGUGGUGUGUUGAAUAUUUUUUACCAGGUAAAGAGGAAAAGGUUGCAUAACGUGUCUUAAUAUGGAACAUCGAUCUAAAGGUUGCAUAACGUGUCUUAAUAUGGAACAUCGAUCUAACGCACUGCAACACAAACGACACACAGCUUUUCUAAAAUGUUCAUUGUUUCUGAACAAUAAAAUUUUUAGUAUUUCACCUGAAUGAACUUUAGUUCAGUGUUACAAAAUAUCUGCUUUGGAUAAAGUAUUUACUUUCCCAUCAUCCCUUUAAACUAGCCUCAAGGUUGAAGAAUGAGUUGGCAAUCUCUAGCAUUCUCUUAUAGCAAUCAAGUGUGCUGGGUGUCAAGUGAGUGUGCAUUUUCUACAUCAACAAAAGCACUCCUUUACAACUGAAUACCUGGUGCUCUCAUGAGCUGAACUUUUAAACACCACUUUGACAAAUACCAAAGAGAAAGGAUCAGGAAUAAAGCAGCUGUAAUAAAAAAAUGUGAAAUAAUAAAUGUUACCUUUCAAGCA